AUUAUGACCACUUUACUCUUACUGUUAGUGAGUUUGCGAGUCAUCACUGCAGCCAUCUCUGUGGAAGUUUCAGACCAUGGUAACUCACUGAGUGUGAGCAUCCCAGAGCCUUCUCCCCUUCGAGUCCUCCUGGGGAACUCCCUCACCAUUCCUUGCUAUUUUAUUGACCCCGUGCACCCUGUGACGACAGCCCCUUCCACGCCCCCGCUCUCCCCCCGCAUCAAGUGGAGCCGCCUCUCAGAGGAGAAGGAGGUGGUCCUUUUGGUAGCCACUGAGGGGCGGGUGCGGGUCAACAGCGCCUAUCAGGACAAGAUCUCCCUGCCCAACUACCCCGCCAUCCCCAGUGAUGCUACCCUGGAGAUCAACAACCUUCGCUCCAACGACUCGGGCAUUUACCGCUGCGAGGUGAUGCACGGCAUCGAGGACAGCCAGGCUACUCUAGAGGUCAUUGUGAAAGGCAUUGUGUUCCAUUACAGAGCCAUCACUACCCGCUACACCUUGGAUUUUGAGAAAGCCCAGCAGGCUUGCAUACAGAAUAGUGCCGUCAUUGCCACCCCUGAGCAGCUGCAGGCCGCCUAUGAUGAUGGUUACCACCAGUGCGAUGCUGGCUGGCUGGCUGACCAAACUGUCAGGUACCCUAUCCACAGCCCCCGUGAGGGCUGCUAUGGAGACAAAGACGAAUUCCCUGGAGUAAGGACUUAUGGCAUCCGAGAUACUAAUGAGACUUAUGAUGUAUACUGUUUUGCAGAAGAGAUGGAAGGGGAAGUCUUUUAUUCUACAUCCCCGGAGAAAUUCACCUUCCAGGAGGCAGCAAAUGAGUGUCGGCGCCUGGGAGCCCGGUUGGCAACCACAGGGCAGCUGUACUUAGCCUGGCAAAGUGGAAUGGACAUGUGCAGUGCUGGCUGGCUGGCUGACCGCAGUGUCCGAUACCCUAUCUCCAAAGCACGCCCUAAUUGUGGAGGCAACCUCCUAGGGGUAAGGACUGUGUACCUGCAUGCCAAUCAGACGGGCUACCCGGAUCCCUUAUCCCGCUACGAUGCCAUCUGCUACACAGGGGAGGACUUUGUCGAGAUCAUACCAGAUAGUUUUACUGACGAUCUGAGCAGUGAAGGGGAGAUCACUAUUCAGACAGUCACUCAGCCCGAUGUGGAAUUGCAGCUGCCCCAAAAUGUCACCAAGCAGGAGUCCCGAGGCAGCAUCAUCACCUCAGAGAAUGUCAUCACUCCUACUGGACCAGAGCCUGAGGAGGCCUUCACUUGGACCUUGGGUGGCACAGGUUACCCAGAGAUGGAAAAUGAGACUGACGAGACUACUAAGCCAUGGGGCUUCCCCACACCUGAGCUGGAACCUGCCACAGCCUUCACAGGAGAGGAUUUGAUUGCACCAGCAACAGCUGUUCCAGAUAUUGCUGCUGUCCCUGAACGACCACUUUCACCAAUGGGCGUUGUCUUCCACUAUCGUCCAGGUUCCACCAGAUACUCUCUCACCUAUGAAGAGGCCCAACAGGCCUGUAGGGCCACAGGAGCUGUAAUUGCUACACCAGAACAGCUACAGGCAGCCUAUGAGGCUGGCUAUGAGCAAUGUGAUGCUGGCUGGCUGCAGGACCAGACAGUCAGAUACCCCAUUGUGAGUCCUCGGACCCAGUGUGACGGAGAUAAAAACAGCAGCCCCGGAGUCAGGACCUAUGGCCUACGCCCACCAUCAGAAACCUAUGAUGUCUAUUGCUAUGUAGACUGGCUACUGGGUGAGGUAUUCUUUGCCACUCGGCUGGAGCUGUUCACCUUUCAAGAAGCCCAAGAAUACUGCGAAGAUCAUAACGCCACUCUGGCAUCUACAGGGCAGCUUUAUGCUGCCUGGCGCCGGGGUCUAGACAAAUGCCACGCUGGUUGGCUGGCAGAUGGCAGUGUCCGUUAUCCUAUCAUCACACCCCGCUCUGCAUGUGGUGGAGAUAAGCCAGGUGUUAGAACUGUCUACUUGUACUCCAACCAGACUGGCUUUCCUGAUCCCUUAUCCCGGCACCAUGCUUUCUGUUUCCAAGCUGAAUCUCUGAAGGAAGGGGAAGGUGGCACACAAGUCUCUAUCAUUGAUGAAGAACUAAUUCCAACUCAGUUUAUCUUUUCUUUUUUUUUCUUUCCUCCUUCAGCGAGUCCUUCAUCCUGGCCUCCCAUCAGUGCUAUUCCAGAAGAAAGUACUGGAGAGCCUUUUUUCAGUGGAACACCUUCAGCAUCUGGUGAACCAUAUGAAUCUGGUGUGAGCCCAAGCAGUGGCAGUGGGGAGCCAUCAGCCUCUGGAGAGCCAUCUGGGGUUCUGGAUGUGAGUGGCAGUGGGGAGCCAUCAGCCUCUGGAGAGCCAUCUGGUAUUCCAAAUGUGGGAGUUCCAGAUAUGAGCAGCAGUGGGGAGCCAUCAGCCUCUGGAGAGCCAUCUGGUGUUCCAGAUGUAGAAGUUCCAGAUGUGAGUGGCAGCGGGGAACCAACAGUCUUUGGAGAGCCAUCUGGUAUUCCAGAUGUGAGUGGCAGUGGGGAGCCAUCAGCUUCUGGAGAGCCAUCUGGAGUUCCAGAUAUUGGAGUUACAGAUUUGAGUGGCAGUGGGGAGCCAUCAACCUCUGGAGAGCCAUCUGGAGUUCCAGAUGUUAGCAUUUUGGAUGUGAGUGGCAGUGGGGAACCACUGGCUUCUGGAGAACCAGUCACUGUUCCAAGUCUUGGAAUUCCAGAUGUGAGUGGCAGUGGGGAACUGUCAGCCUCUGGGGAGCCAUCUGGUGUUUCAGGUGUUGGAGUUCCAGAUGUGAGUGGCAGUGGAGAAUCAUCAGCUUCUGGAGAGCCAUCUGGUAUUCCAGAUGGGAGUGGAGACUUCCUUGCCAGUGGAGAAGCUUCAGGAGAUCUUGAAACAAGCAGGCAGCCUUCUGAGGGUAGUGUAAGUGGGUUGCCCUCAAGUGACCUGGAUUUCAGUGGAGAUGGAUCUGGGCUACCUGGGGAGAGUGGAUUGGCAUCUGGGGAAACAGAUGUAAGUGGAUGGUCUAGCACUACUGGAGUUAGUGGACUACCUUCAGGAGAUGAUUUAGCUGUGACUACUUCUGAACAUCUAGACCUUGGGGGGAUGCCUUCUGGAACUCUAGGGAGUGGUCAAACUCCAGAAACAAGUGGUUUUCCAUCUGGAUUUAGUGGUGAACACUCUGGGGUAGACUUUGGAAGUGGCCUCUCAUCUGGUCUGCCUGAUUUGCAUGGAUUUCCAUCCGGGUUCCCAACGGUCUCUCUUGUUGAUACUACAUUAGUGGAAGUGAUCACAGCAACCACUGCCAGUCAAUUGGAAGGAAAGGGGACCAUUGGAAUUAGUGGUCAAGGAGAAAUAUCUGGGCUGCCAUCUGGAGAAUGGGACAUUAGUGGGGGAACUAGUGGACUACCUUCAGGAACUGAGCUCAGUGGACAGGCAUCAGGAUUACCUGAUACCAGUGGGGAGACAUCUGGAAUAUUUGAAAUAAGUGGACGGGCAUCUGGAAUUCCCGAAGUCAGUGGAGAAACAUCUGGACUAUUUGAUGUCAGUGGGUAUGGAUCUGGAACUCCUGCAGCCAGUGGAGAAACAUCUGGAAUAUCUGGAAUCAGUGGACAGGCAUCUGGUUUUCCUGAUGCCAGUGGAGAGACAUCAGGGACUUUUGACUUAACUCAAAAGCCAUCUGAAGUUCCCCAUCUCAGUGGUCAACCCUCUGGAUUACCUGAUGCCAGUGGAGAAACAUCUGGUGUACUUGAAUUCAGUGGCGAGCCUUCUGGUGUUAUAGAUAUCAGUGGAGAGACAUCUGGAGUGCCGUUUGGCAGUGGACAACCGUUUGGAGUAACUGAUUUCAGUGGAGCGACAUCUGGAGUAUUUGAUAUCAGUGGACAAUCAUCUGGUGUUUCUGGGUUCAGUGGUGAAACAUCUGGAAUCUCUGAUCUGAGUGGGGUGGGUGAUCUCAGUGGUUUGGUUUCGGGGACUAUAAGUGGCAGUGGUGAAUCUCCCAGUAUUACCUUUGUUGAUACUGGUCUUGUUGAAGUAGCCCCAACUGCAUUCAGGGAAAAAGAAGAAGGUUUAGGUUCUAUUGAAAUAAGUGGUUCUCCAUCUGGGGAGGCAGAUAUAUCAGGUAAAUUCUCUGGAACUGAAGACUUCAGUGGACAAUCUUCUGGAACCAUAGAAUCCAGUGGGCUUGCUUCAGGUGCCCCAGAAUUUAGUGGCCUGUCAAGGGGGUCUGUGGAGCUCAGUGGAGAAUCCUCAGGGGCAGAGAUUGGAAGUGGCCUGCCAUCUGGAGAAUUUAUUAGUGGACUUUCAUCUGGUUUUCCCACAGUAUCUCUAGUGAAUAGAACUUUGGUUGAAUCUUCAAUCCCAACUCCAACAGCAGAAGAGGCAGGAGAAGGACCUUCUGGGGUCUUAGAAAUCAGUGGCACCCCUUCAGGAGAAACAGAAAGCUUUGGGGAGAUAUCUGGAACGCUGGACCUCAGUGGGUCCCAAUCAGGGUUGAUAGAGACCAGCGGAGAGUCAUCUAGCAUACCAUCUUUUAGUGGUGAUUUUUCUGGGAUCACUGAUGUAAGUGGAGAAUCAUCAGCAGUCACCAGCAGCAGCGGAGAAGCCUCAGGAUUUCCAGAAGUCACUUUGAUUACCACAGAUUUAGUGGAAGCCAUUACGAAGCCAACAGUUUCACAGGAACUCGGUCAGAGAUCUCCUGUGACACUCCCUUAUUUUGUGGAGUCCAGUGGGGAAUCCUCUGUUUCUGGAGAAUUCAGCGGAAUGUCAACAACCCAUGAAACUGAGGUAGAAGCAUCAGCAGUUCCCGAGGUGAGUGGUGAUUUAUCAGCAUAUCCUGAGGCAUCUGCUGUCCCUGAUGUCAGCGGCACAACAUCCACACUUUAUGAAACUGAACACGAAGUAUCUUCUUCAUUGAAUGGAAGUGGGGAAACAUCCACUUUCCAAGAACCAUCCUCCACCCCUGACCUGAGUGGAGAUUCAUCUGCCUUCCAUGGCAUCUCUGAGGAAACAUCUACCACACAUGAUAUGAGUGGAGAGACAUCCAGCCCCCAAGAAAUGGACUUAGAAACUUCAUCUGUGUCUCUGGCUAGUGGUGAAUUUCCUGUGAGUCAUGAAGACAGGACUGAAGUUAGUGGGGAAGCUUCUGGAGUCCCUACCCUGCCCCUACCAGAUGUUUCAGGGGACACCUCUCUGACAGAUGUGGUCAUUAGCACCAGUGUUUCAGAGACUGAAUUCAGACAUCAGACCCCAAGCCCUGAAGAGGCUCAAACAGAAAUUGAAUCCUCUAGUCCCUUAGUAUCAGGAGAAGAGAUUGAAAAAACUGGAACAGUCCCUACCCCCACAGACACUUCCAUUGCAUCUCAAGUUGCCCCAAAUGAGCAAAAAGAACCAGAGUACACAACUGAAGACCAGGAGAUUUGUGAAGAGGGCUGGACCAAAUUCCAAGGACACUGUUACCGGCACUUUCCUGACCGGGAAACCUGGGUAGAUGCAGAGAGCCAGUGCCGACAGCACCAGUCUCAUCUGAGCAGCAUUGUCACACCUGAAGAACAGGAGUUUGUCAACAACAAUGCCCAAGACUACCAAUGGAUUGGACUCAAUGACAGAACUAUUGAGGGUGAUUUCCGUUGGUCAGAUGGACAUCCCUUGCAAUUUGAGAACUGGAGACCCAACCAACCAGACAACUUUUUUGCCACUGGAGAAGACUGCGUAGUAAUGAUCUGGCAUGAGAAGGGUGAAUGGAAUGAUGUCCCUUGCAAUUAUCACCUGCCAUUCACGUGUAAAAAGGGCACAGUAGCUUGUGGAGACCCUCCAGCAGUUGAACAUGCUAGAACUCUUGGACAGAAAAAGGACCGAUAUGAAAUCAAUUCACUGGUCCGGUACCAGUGCAAUGAGGGCUUUGUUCAGCGCCAUGUGCCCACAAUCCGAUGCCUACCUAGUGGACACUGGGAAGAGCCACAGAUAGCCUGCAUAGACUCUAUCACCUACAAGCAACGACUACAAAGACGGAACUCUCAGCCCCAGCGGAGCAACGUCCAUAGUACAGCCCACUAGACAGUAAAUUCCCCCCAGAGAGCCAAAAAAGACAGAAUGAGCCGACAGACCUUACGGAACUGACACUAUUUCAUGGAGUCAUUGUCACCUUCUUGUUGCUUUCUGUCAUAUAAGGAAUUACAUUAAAAAGGAAAAAAUCCACAUCAUGUAUAUACCCAUCCCCAAAAAAUCAUCCCCCAAAAUAUUUUUUUUUCUUUUUGCAAAUCACUAAAGCAAAAAACUAGAUUCCAGCCACAUUUUUCCCCCACAGUCUGAGUUUAGGUACUUUUCUUCAAUUUCAUGUUGUGCCUAUUUCAGGGACCAGGGCAGGGAUGGGGGGAGGAGGGAAUAUGGGGAGGGGGUUAAGUUAAAUAAAGAAGAUUAUUUUUUGUUUCCUGAUUUUAUCCAAGAACAAUGUAAUUAUUUGUUAUUUAAUCUCCAAGAAGGGCUAGCAGAGGGAGAGGGAGAGUGGGAUCAUGUGAAUGUUCCAAAGAGACAGAGGACUUGGAGAAUGCUGUACUAGUGAACUAUAGCUGAAUGUAUCAGAAGUGAAGGGGAUAGAAAGGGUAGGGUGUCUGUGAUAAAAGCAGGAGUCAGAGGGGAGGGGGGAAAAGGAAGAAAGGUGCAUGAGGAGAGCAAGAUGAAAGAGAGAUAUAGAGGAGAAGCACAAAGGAGGAUGGGCUCUGGGGCUGGUUCCACUCUGAUUAAUUAGCUUCUCUGGCUUCCUCUCGCCACCAAUUUGCCAUCACAGCCAGUGUCACAGCAGGGCUGGGGGGCACUCCUGAUCCAAGUUCUAGCAUCACACCCCCCCCCCCCGGGACCGUGCAGGCCACCAUGGUUCCGUGCACCUAUUUAUAUUUUUGAAAACUGAUGAUAAUAAAAAAAUUGGAAGAGUC